UUUGUUUGAUUGUCGUUUGCUUUACGUUCUCCUAUUUUACAUUCCCUUUGAUUCAAAUUUUGAUUUCUGUUUUGUUGCUUUUCCAGAAAUGGCUAUACCUGCACAUUUGAGACGCCCCCUAUCGCUUAAGACCAUUGCUACGCAACUAUGGGACUUGAAUGCUGUUCCUCGACCACGCACUUUUGAAUUGCUGGCAAUAAACUGCAACAAUGAAUUGGAACGAGAAAAGCUGCUAGAAUUUACAACUGCCGAAGGACAACAAGAUCUUUUCUCGUAUGCAAAUCGGCCACGUCGCACCAUUGUCGAAACGCUGAGAGAUUUCCCACAUUCGACGUCCCAGCUGACAUUGCAGACCAUAUUUGAGCUGUUCCAGCCAAUGAAAAGUCGAUCGUUUUCCAUUGCUUCCAGCACAGUCAGUGAACAACUAGACAUACUCGUGGCUAUUGUUGAGUAUAAAACAAUGUUACAAACGCCACGAUUAGGAUUGUGUUCCAACUGGCUGAAGAGGUUGAAACUUGGUGAUGAGAUCCGUGGGGUUAUCAAAAAAGGAACAUUUAAAAUGCCCACAAACGAUGUUCCUGUAGUUAUGGUCGGCCCGGGUACUGGUCUGGCACCGUUUCGUAGCAUUUUGCAGGAGCAACAGAAAACUUGGAAUGGACGACAGGAGUUUGUUCUAUUCUUCGGAUGUAGAGGGGAAUUGAAGGAUUUCCACUGUGGAGAUGAGCUUAAAGCUAUGGCAGCGACUGGGUUUCUGAAGCUCAUUACAGCCUUUUCAAGAGAUCAGCAGGAAAAGAUAUAUGUUCAGCACAAAAUUCGCGAACAAAGCUCGCUUCUUAACGACCUAAUCAAAACAAAAUGUGGAACAUUUAUGGUAGCAGGCAGUUCGAAAAAUAUGCCGAGUGCGGUAAAAGAAGCCUUACAGAUUGCUUUGGGUGUUGACGAGGCUUAUAUUGAGGAAUUGGUAAAAACUGGUAGAUAUCAAGAAGAAACCUGGAGCUAGAAUAGUUUAAAUAAACAGGAAAUUUCCCAAAAAAAAAUCAAAGAUUCUUUACUGAGUGUUCGCAUGAAGGACGU